AGCUACGUCCUAUUAAUUUAGAUAUUAAGCCACAGAACAGGCAGCUAGGAAGGGUUUCUGCAACAAUCUUCGCUUUGAUUGAUUUCCCAAAAUCCACAUUGAACAAUCACAAACUCGUUUCUGUAUCAUUAUUGUCGCUAAUUUUAGAAUUUUUUUUUUGCUUUUCUUUGAGGAGACAUAUAUAUAUAGAGAAGAAGAGAGUUCUUCAGUUUUUCUAUUUGCAAGAUGAAGACGACGAAAGGAGGUAAAGUUAUGAACCCCACUGAUGCCUAUCGCAAGGAGCUCCGCAAGAAGGAAUUAAAGCGGAACAAAAAAGAAAGAAAGAAGGUAAGGGAGGUGGGUAUUUUGAAGAAGGAUCCUGAGGUGCUUAGGGAGCAAAUAGAAAAGCUAGAAAUGAUGAAGGCUGAUGGUGCUUUGGAUAAAGCAAGAAAACACAAAAAAAGACAACUUGAGGAUACACUUAACAUGGUUUUGAAAAAGAGAAAGGAGUAUGAAGAGAAGAUGAAGGAGAAGGGCGAGACCCCAGUCAUGUUCAGCCAUUUGGGGCCACCUCGGAGGAGAACAUCUGCAGAAGAGGAAGAGAGAGUUAAGCAUCCUAAACCUGAAGACUCUGUCUACUAUCACCCUACACUGAAUCCUACUGGGGCUCCACCACCGGGAAAGCCUCCCAUGUACAAGUCAUCCAUAGGGCCCCGGAUUCCCUUAUCUGCUGGUGCAUCAUCCUCAAAUACAGAGUCAGAAGAUGCUGCCUUAGCAGUGCCUCCCCCGCCACCUCCCCCACCUCCUCCUUUGCCAGAGAGCUCUACCUUGGCCUCAGGAGAUAACUCUGUCCUACCUACUUCUUUGCCCCUACCUCCCCCUCCCCCAAUGCCACCAAAGCCUCCUGCACCAGGCUUGGGUGUCUCACUGCCUCCACCUCCUCCAGGCCCUCCACCAAAUGACCAAGUUGCAAGUCACACCUUACUUCCACCACCUCCACCACUCCAACAAUCUGCUCAGCCACCUCCACCUGGCACCAGUGAAACUGAAUUGGGGAGAAACUCAUCUACCUUGUCAGAUGAACCGACCUCCAAAGGAACAGUUCAGUUGCCUACUCUACUCUCUCCACCACCGCCUCUUCCUGGUAUGGUGCUGAAGUCAGCCAGCAAUCAGUCUGAAGGUGUGUCAUCUGAAGUUGAUGGUAACAAUCCGACAACAACCAAGGAUAACGUUAAAAUGGUUCCCCCACCACCACCUCCUCCACGGCAACCACCUCCUGUACCUGGACCAACUAUGAUACCUACAAUACAACCUGAUGUGUUACCUCCAGGAUUAUCACAUUUGCCCCCGCCCCCUCCACCUCCACCAGGCAUGCGGGCACCAGUGGCUCAAGUUGCUCCUGGACUUCCAGGUCAAGUUGCUCCUCCAGGAGUAAUGGUCCCUCUAAUGCCAAGACCACCAUAUGGUCCUCCCCCUGGACCACCCCCAAUGAUGAGACCACCUCUUCCACCCGGUCCUCCUCCUGCCUUACAACAAGAAGAUGCUGCUAUGCGGCCAACUGCUCCUCAGAAGCCAUCUUAUGUCAAAUCUGCUGCAUCUACUGUUGUUAAGAGGCCGCUAGCACAACACACUCCGGAACUUACAGCUAUGGUUCCUGCUUCAGUUCGAGUACGAAGAGAGACUGCUGUCCCAAAAUCAAAACCCAAGUCAACAGUUUCUACUGCAGCAGCAGUAGCUACCAGACCAGCAGCUCCUAUCAUCAUGAAACCAGAAUCCACAAACUUGCCAUCAGCUUCGAAGACUCCGAGUAUUGAUGACUCAUAUAUGGCCUUUUUGGAGGACAUGAAAGCACUCGGCGCCCUUGAUGCUUGAUCUCUGGAGGGACAGAGAAAAAGGAAUGCAAGGCAACGAAGUGUACAGGUUGAAAAUGUGCUGAAUCAAGAGGCUCGGCCAGAAAAUAUAUUGUUGCCGGUGGCCUUAGUUCCGUUUCUAAUUGUUGGGUUUAGGAAUCUACAUUAAAUCGUCAUUACAUUUUUCUGUUGCUAGAACACCUUAAUUGUUAAAGUGGGGGUGACGGGCCGAUCGGAGAUAUUAACUGUAACUGUACUUUAAUUGAAAUUCAAUAUUCAGUAGUUUCCAUUCUCAAA